UGGAGGCUGUCGUGUGUGGUAUCGGCACGCUCUAGUAAUCGUGAACUGUGCUGCAGUGAUCAGUUUUAAAUACUGCUUUCAUAGAUGAUGUUGGCGUUCAGUUAACCAUCGCUGCUGUUUUCUUCAGAAUCAUUAGUCGAUUUAUGCCAAUACACAGAGACUGACGUGUAGAAUAGUGCUGCAGUACUGGAUCAGCAGAAUGUGUGUUUGUAUACGAAUGCUUUGAGUCUGGGAUUGAAGAUGCUCGUUUAGAUCAAUUCCCAAUUUUUGUCCCAGUGUGGACCAUCCUCUUUCUGGCAAACGUGGAAUAAGAGGCUUUGGAUGCGGCGUCGUUUGCAAUUUCCCUUUACUUCUCUCACUUGGAAACAACGAAUUUUCCAUUUAAGUGCGCAGCCUCCUUAUAUUUAGAAAUUAAUUUGUGGAUGAAGCAUUGGACAUCGGUUGGAUUCUUUGUCUAAAAUAUCGAGAUGAAAUUUCCAAUAGAGACACCAAGGAAACAAGUAAAUUGGGAUCCAGAAGUGGCUGUUCAAUCUAGUAUGCCUGCCUGUGAUGCAAAACCCAAUGACCACUGCCCACUCCCCAGGCUGUCCAUAUCCUCCAGAACCACCAUGGUCUCCAGCAUGGACAACAGCUCCCCCAGCCCGCAGACCGUGAUGAAGUGGAAGACCGUGCUCGCCAUCUUUGUCGUGGUGGUGGCUUACCUGGUGAUUGGGGGACUUGUGUUCCGGGCUCUUGAACAGCCCUUUGAAAGCAACCAGAAGAACACGAUAGCCUUGGAAAAAUCGGAAUUCCUCCAGAAACAUCCUUGUGUGAAGUCAGGCGAACUUGAGGCCUUGAUACAGCAUGCUAUUGAUGCUGUGAGUGCUGGAGUGAGUCCAAUAGGAGAGACAUCCAACAAUAUGAGCCACUGGGACCUCGGGAGUGCUUUCUUCUUUGCUGGGACCGUAAUAACCACCAUAGGUUAUGGAAACAUUGCUCCAAGUACGGAAGGAGGUAAAAUCUUUUGUAUCUUUUAUGCCCUAUUUGGAAUACCUCUGUUCGGAUUUCUACUAGCUGGAAUUGGGGACCAACUUGGGACAAUAUUUGUGAAAAGCAUUGCAAGAGUGGAGAAGGUAUUUAGGAAGAAGCAGAUAACCCAGACCAAGAUCCGAGUGAUUUCGACCAUCAUGUUCAUUUUACUCGGCUGCAUCGUGUUUGUCACAAUUCCAGCUGUGAUUUUCCAAUCCAUCGAAGAGUGGGAGACGCUGGAUUCUCUGUACUUUGUAGUGAUCACCCUCACAACUGUAGGGUUCGGGGAUUAUGUUGCAGGUGGAAACAAAAUAAUCCAUUACCGGGAGUGGUACAAACCGCUGGUGUGGUUCUGGAUCCUGGUCGGCCUUGCUUACUUUGCAGCAGUGCUUAGCAUGAUCGGGGACUGGCUGAGAGUCAUAUCGAAGAAAACAAAAGAAGAGGUUGGUGAGAUAAAAGCUCACGCUGCUGAGUGGAAGGCCAGUGUGAGAGCAGAGUUCAGAGAAACCAGAAGGCGGAUGAGCACAGACAUCCAUGACAAGCUCCAGAGGGCAGCAACCAUGCGGAGCAUGGAGCGACGGAGGCUGGGCCUGGAUCAGAGAGCUCACUCCCUGGACAUGCUGUCUCCAGAGAAAAGAGCCGUCUUCGCUAGCCUGGACACUGACCGCUUCAAAACAUCUUCACAGGAAAGCAUCGACGCCAAACUAAACAACCUGCGGCUCCGGAUGUCCGAGCAGUACGACCAGCAAGGCUCCUCUGAGGAUAACAUCUUCAACAGAUUCAGUUCUUUGACCAGGCUGGCUAAGAGGAACAAAAACAAGGACCUCAAGAAGAACAUACCAGAUGAUGUCAAGAAAAUAUAUGAGAAUUUUGGGAGCUGCUCAACAGAUGAAGAGAAAAGAGAAGACGAACAGGAAAAGGAGUGCAACACCAGCGUGCCAGACUUUGAAAACACACCGAGAUCCGAGCUGCAGAAUGGAAGUAUACCCAAUGUAACCAAAGAAUACGAUAACAAAUAAUCACUAGAAGAAAAAAAAACAACCAGACAAAUCCUUAAUGGGUGAAUCAGUAGGUCGUUUUUAAAUAUCUCAAAACGUGCCUUAUAUUUCCGGGAAGGUACUUUACGUGUAGACUUGAGACGGAGCAAGGUCUGCCGUAUACACUGACAUUGUUCACUGUGCCCUCGUGACUGAAGUUUCAUUUGCCAAAAUGAAAAAAAAAAGGUCAGCCUGUCGAGAAAGCUACCAAGGAUGGUGGCUGCCAAAAUGUUUUAUUACUUGAUAAUUGUGAGAACAAUUGCUUAUUUAUAAAAUGAAGAAGAAGGUUUUUAGGAGGCAAUGUUUAGAACUGACCUAAUCCAAUGGGAAAAAAACUGUAGCAUAAUACAAUACCAUAUAUAUUAUGACUGUGUUUUCUUUUGGGAAUGUGACCUUAACUAGUGUUUCACUAUUACAGUCUUACUCCACAGACUAGUAAUGGUCCUGGUGUAAUUGUUUUACUUGGAGUUGUUGAAGCGAGACAACACAGUUGCUUUAAAGCAGCUUUAAAAAAAAAAAAACAGAUAUGAAGACUUUAAAUACUGGAAGAUUUAAAAAAUCAGAAGAUUAAAAAAAUCUUCUAAUUUAAUUUUAGAGACUAUUAAGGUGUACAGGUUUUUUUUUUAAGCUUAUUGUUGAUACUUAGAUUGAUACAUAUUGAUGCAGAGAGCUUGUAAUGGGGAAAAAAACUAAAAAAAAACAUGUGCAUGAGUUCAGAAAAAUGCUGUCUUAUUAAGUAUAUUGAAAAAAAUAUCAAGUUCGUGAUUACAAAAAAACGAAACCUCAGGGCUUGUUGUCCUAUUAUUGAUGUAUACAAAUACGUUUUAAAAUGUGCUGCAUUCACACUGAAAAAAAAGAACAGUAGUCAGACAGAGCUCCGCUAGGCCUCAUUUUGAUAUAACUCUACGCAGAUUCCACUUUAAACAGUAGUUUGUAGAGAUAAGCCAUACAUUGAAAAAAAAAAGCGUUCAAAUCAGUGACACAUUUAAGAAAGAAAUGAGUUCCCGAGACAGUAGUUUACAAAAUUUGCAGAAAUAACACUAUGGCUGCUAUUUAUUAUUUGACCUUGUGUGCUUUUUUUAAAAUGGAAGUACAGUGUAUGUCUAUUAAAGGUUGCCAUACCCAAUAUUUGGUAUAGGUUUGCUUGAACCGUAAACAAAUGAGCUCAUAAUGGCUGCAUUUAUACCGUUUUAACACAAGGAGGGACAGUGGAUCAGUGUCGUCUUCUGUUAAAGGAGCAGAAAUACCAGCAAUGCGAAAUGAAGACCAAACAAAACGUUUUAGGACAGAAAUUUGAUUUGGUCUUGAUCCCUUAAAGAAUUCUGAGUUUAUUUAAGUGUGUGCAAAUAGUUUUAUAUGUUUUAGUGUGCUCAGGUUUUUUAGGCGUGUUUGUGCACAAGUUAUGAAUAAUAUGCAUAUUCUGAAAAUACAGUAUUUAAUCUCCUGUUCCUUCAGUCUUUAUUUUCAGUGAGGCUAGUUAACGUAUUGAGUCAGAUUUGUACAUCUGCUGCUCUUUUGAAUGAUUUUUGAAAGUUGUUUCCAAUUAGGUAGUUAUUGGUCUGUGUGCCGCAGCAUUAGUGAACAACAUAAAAUAAUAAAAAAUAUGAACAAAACUAAAGAAACCAAGUCUGGUAGACAAGGAUUUUCAAAGGUGUCUUCUUACUUAUAUGCAAGACAAAGAAUAAACUUGCAGUAUACAAAUAUUGACUGGAGUUGAGGCGUGUGAAAAAUUGUGAAGUGUGAAAAAUUGACAGCCAAUGGUUUUUAUUGCUCAGUGGAGUUAACCUUUUCAAACCAAGGGUGACAUUUUUACCAUGGUAACAAGUUAUUAACACUUUUUAAAAAAACGAUUAUUUAUCCAGAAAAUCUCUCAUGCUGUAGCUGGUGCGCCAUUUUGUUUAUUGUAGGGUGGCUUCAGAGGGCAUCUGUUUUUUGGGUAACAACGCAAAACUAUUUUGGUCAUAUGACCAUGCAUUAACCAAUUGGAAUGCAGCACCUUUGCUUACCACUAAAGAGCCUUAAAACAUUUGUCUGCUGGACAUGAGUUUCUGAAGUUAUGAACAAACUCGCAAUUAUUUCUUUCUGGAAUACUGAAGGGAGGCAUACCAGCAUACAAAUUUUGCAAAGGCAUUGACAAUAAAGCCCAUUGUGUGUCCUGUGCAGAUAUUAGAAAUAUUUAAAUUGUACAUGCAGGUGGAACGCGAGGCGAUAUAUGUUAUAAACACAACUUGUUACCAUUCUUGAUCAAUCUGCCGUGCUGUAGCCAGGCUUACUUGGCAAUUGCCUAGUGUGAAUGCAGCAGUUAAUUGAUUAAAGUUCAUUCUUAAAACAAUAAAAUACAAAAAAAUAGCAUGCAAGUCUGCUAAUAUAUUAUAUAAUGGUAUUGAUUGUACUUGUGAGCUACAAUAGAUCAAAUUUAACAUGAAAGUUUUAAAGGAGUUGGAAUGAGCAGGGUACCCGCUCAAUUUACGCAUUGUGAAAAGCAUUAAAUGUGCGACCAUUACAUUAAAUGUAGUGAGUGCAUUUUGGAAAUAAAUAUCAUAGUCAAUGAACAAAUGUAACAGUGCUAAGUGUGGCUUGUAUUUGGUCUAUGUCUAUGGCAAUCCUUUUCAUAAACCUAUGCCUCAUUUUA